AUGUUUUCAGUUUGCGGCGUUUCUCAAGCGACAAAGAGAUCUCUUCUCCGAACAACCGACGAGGUUGAGUUCGACGUGGAUAGAAUCAUCGGAGGAACACCUGUUCCCAGUCAGCGAAAGUAUCCCUGGAUGGCAUGGAUGGGGAGGGCCACGUUCGUGUUCAACUGCGGAGGGGCCCUCAUCAACGAUCGCUACGUCCUCACUGCCGCCCACUGCGUCCAAUCAAAUCCAACAGGAACCUACUACGUGAGCCUGGGAUCCAAGGAUCUACUUCAGUGGCCGGCAGGUGAAGCCAUACAGGUUCCAGCGACGGCCAUCAUGCAUCCUCAGUAUGAUCCGAAUACACUGGAGAAUGAUUUGGCCCUGCUCAAACUUGAGACCCCGGUGAAUUUCCAAGCUUACCCAAACAUUCGUCCCAUAUGUCUUUCCUCUACUGUCAACCCCGAUCCGGGAUCGGCUGUAAAAAUCUCGGGAUGGGGCCGCACUCAGGAAAAUUACGUGAACAACUUCAUCCAAAGCAACACUCUGGAUGCCAAUUGGUGUGCGACACCUUGAUUCUUCCUAGCAUUUUUUUCCGUUUUAUCAUCUUCCUUGAUUGAAUGCUUCCUCUUCCUUGAAAUGAAGAAGUUUCAUUGAUA